AUGUGUCCGUCCGACAGUCACCCAGCCACCCUGGCUUCCCGGCUGCUCAGGAACUACCGGGGGAGUAGGAGUUACGCUAGCUCUAACUCUCAGACAAGUGAUGAUCACCAGCCGUCAGCUGCCAAAUGUGCUAGAAUUGACAGUUAUGGAUGUAUUAGUUGGCAGCCACAGGAGUAUCCAGAGGGGGAAACAUCAGCAUCACUUGAAGAGAAGAGGAAAGAGAUGGUGGAUAUAUUCAGUCGAGAGGGGCUAAGGGCAACUGAGAGAGGGAGAGUAAAGGAGCUAAUGACAAUCACAUAUACAAAACAGCUAGAGGACAUAAAUGCAAACCCACCCCCCAGCAUUCUGGACAUAAGUCAUCAUUUCUCCUGUCUUGGAAGUUCUUACUCUCCAACUUCACCACCCUCACUGGUGUUGAACUUUAUUGCAGGAGAUACUGUGUGGUCUGCGAAUAAGUGGAUGCUGUCCACAAAGGGCUGUGUCGUAACCCCACAUUCACCUCCCAUGCUGGAUUUCAUAAAUGCCAUGGCUGUCUUGUUCACCAGUUUCUAUGUGUUUAAUAUAGAAUAUCAGGUGGAGGCAGCAACAACACUGGAGUUUGUUCAGAGGUUCUUGUCUGGAAGCUUUUCACUCUAUUUUUCAGCUGUCAUUGAGGAGCUGUAGCCCAUUUGACCCAUGAAAGGUUAGACUCACAUUGCUAAUAAUGUCAGAGAGAGACAUAUCUCAAGGCAUCUGCAGACAUCAACCCUCAACAGUCAUCGUAGUAUGUUCAAAGGUGAUUCUCUGCAUCUUGCCCAUUGCUGAGAUAACAGUUGGAGCAUUGUACCAAAAUGACUGCCCGAAGCAGCACUUCUUCCCCAUCUACUUGGAGGUAAUGGGAGUCUUCCAUCUGCUGUUGUUAGGGAUCUCCUUCCUGCCCUGCUCCAACCAGUUCACAGCCUCGAGCUUAGCCUUUAGUGGCCUGAGCAUUCUCCUCUUCUUGUGCUGGUUCAUAACCAGUAAUGUGUGGAUAUACUCGAUCUAUGAACCCAACUUCAAUAAGACAAUGACAGAUGUGGAUCCUUACUGCAAAACACUCUACCUGUUUGCCUUCUGGACCGCCAACAUGACCUACAUCCCAUUAGGUCUGUUCAUUUGCUGCUGCUACUGUUGCCCCCGUCACCUUCCUAACCAGUUGCAAAGUUAUUAAAAGUGGUGGUGCAGUGUGGAUUUAAUAUCAUACAUAUUUUACCUUUGAAACCACAGAAGCUUUCCUACAGGACAUAAUAAUGUAAAAUGGCUUUCUGUGAUAAUAAAUUCAAGCACCAGUACCGCAUGGUUUAUUUGAUAUCCACCUUUUAUCACAGACAUAUUAUAAUUUACAUACAAAAUACAAUACUACAAUACUACUACAGUACUUUUUUUGUAUUUUUCUUUUUUACUUAUUUUGAAAUUUUAUUAUACAAUAGUAUUUUUACUACCACAAAAAUAUGUGUUUGAAUAUUUUAAUAUUUUCUAUCAUAAAGUUAUGUGGUCCACAACUGUUGGGUGGAUUUCUAUCCAUUUUGUACAUUUAUGUCAUUCAUGUCAUCUAUACUUUGUAUUUACUGCUAAUUAGCAAAUGUUAGCCAUCAGUGUGUUCCUGCCAUCUCCACCCACCUGACUCCAACACCUGCCUGUGCACCUGCUCCUCAUUCCCUCAUUAGUCACCUAUUAUAAAUCAGCUUUUUUCCCCUCAGUCUUUGCUACCUGCCUGUUAAUGACUCAUCCUUCCUUUUCUUUGUUUUUGAUGGCCAGUUUUUUGUUUGGUUUGGUUUGGUUUGGUUUGGUUUGGUUUACCCUCUCUCAUUGCCUGCCUGUUAUCGAUCUCCUCUUUGAAAAUCGACCAAAUAAACUCCCUUUUUACUCCAA